AAAAUGUUCUGGAGAUCACGAAGAGCUCUUCUGCCCACACAAUUUGAGCUUUUAAUCCCGCAGCACUUCCCUCUUCCCGCAUUUUCGAGCUCAUCAAUUGUAUCACGAUGAUUACGAGACCAAUGCUCAGAGCUUCACGGCUCUGUAGUCGCUGUUAUGCGACAGGAACCACAACCACUCCGCCCAUGCUCUUAAAGAUCAGAAAAGACAUGAAAACCGCCAUGCGAAAUAAAGACUCGAAUCGCCUCUCCGUCCUGCGCGCCCUGCUCUCCCAAACCCUCAAUGCCUCCAAGACCUCCAAUCCCAUCAAUACAGACAUGCAAAUGCUAGCUCUGCUCCGCAAAUCCGCAAACGCUUCGAAAGCCGCUAGUGAAGAGUUCAAGAAUGCGGGCCGGCAGGAUCUGGCGGAUAAGGAGGAUUUGCAGGUCAGUAUAAUGGAGGAGUAUGCGGGGGAUGUGAAGGUGCUGGGGGAAGAGGAGAUUCGGGCGGCCGUAGCGGGUGUGGUGGAGGGAUUGAGGAGUGAGGGGGGGAAGUUGGCUAUGGGGGAUGUUCUGAAGAGGGUCUUUGGCCCGGAGGUGCUUGGAGAUAAGCCGGUUGAAAAGGGGGAUGUGGCGAGGAUUGUGAAGGAGAUACUUGCGGAGAAGGUAUAGAGCAAGGUAUCGAGAGACGUAGAGUGUAUGACUGUAUAACAUGUAAAACAUACAUGGCAUCGGAAGGCGUAGGGAUAAAUGAUAUCCUCUCUGUCUAUGGUGGGCGAGAUGUUCUAUUGGGGAUAGAGUUUACAGAGAAAUGAUCAGCUCAAAGUAUAUCUAUGAGACUUUGAGGACUAGUCACCAUAGUCUGUAUUGUAAGAUGGUUGCUAUAAGCUGGCCAAAUAUCCAGUUGAG